AUGUUAGGAUGUAUUAUUUGUAAACAAUUUUUAAGUUAUAUCAAUACAUUUUAUCAAAUAGGAAUGGAUAAAAAUAGUAUUAAAGAUUCUAUUCAAGCAGAUUAUUGUGAUGAUUUAGGUUUAUUUACAAAUAUUUGUACAAAAACAUUAAAUGUAUAUUAUAAUGAUUUAUGGAAUGAUUCAAUUAAUGUAACAGUUAAAUCAAAUAUAGAAAAAUGUCAAAAUAUAGGAUUAUGUCCCACCACCACACAAUUAGAUGCAUGUUUCUCCAAUACUGAAUUAAAAUAUUCGAAUGGUAAAAAUAUGUUUAUUAAGAAAAAAAAAUAUCGUGAAGAAUUAUAA